UCUCUCUCUCUCUCUCUCUCGUCUUUGGAAACCCUCAAGCGAAAUGGGAUCUUCCGUUAGUCACGCCGGCGCCCCGCCGCCAUCGCCGGCCGCGGCUCCUCCUCCGCCGAUUCCCGUCGGUCUUGCGGCGGCGCUCCCCCCGAAUACGGAGGUGCAGGGCGAUGCCAAGGGCGUCUCGGAGAAGGUCGACUGGUUGAAUCUCCCCUGCCCUGUUGCGUUCGAGGAGAUCCAACGCGAGGCGUUGAUGUCCUUGAAGCCAGAGCUCUUUGAAGGAUUGCGUUUUGACUUUACAAAGGGGAUAAAUCAGACAUUUGCUCUCAGCCACAGUGUUUUCAUGGGAUCAAUGGAGGUUCCUUCACAGUCUUCUGACAUUAUUAAAGUUCCUACUGCACACUAUGAAUUUGGUGCAAACUUUCUGGAUCCUAAGAUGAUGCUUAUCGGAAGAAUACUGACUGAUGGAAGGCUGAAUGCACGAGUCAAAUGUGAUCUGACUGAUAACCUUACUUUAAAGAUAAAUGCUCAGCUGACAAAUGAACCACAUUUCUCUCAAGGAAUGUUUAACUUCGAUUAUAAGGGACAGGAUUUCAGGUCUCAAUUUCAAAUAGGCAACAAUGCCUUCUAUGGUGCCAAUUAUAUCCAGAGUGUCUCACCACAUCUAUCCCUUGGCAGUGAAGUCUUUUGGCUUGGGCAUCAAAGGAAGUCUGGUAUUGGUUUCGCUGCUCGUUAUAACACAGAUAAGAUGGUUACAACUGGGCAAGUCGCAAGCACUGGAAUUGUUGCGCUGAGCUACGUUCAGAAAGUAUCCGAGAAGGUUUCUCUUGCAUCUGAAUUCAUGUACAAUCACAUGACAAGAGAUGUUACAUCAAGUUUUGGUUACGAUUACAUUCUUCGUCAGUGUCGGUUGAGGGGAAAACUCGAUUCCAAUGGAGUUGUGGCAGCAUUUUUGGAGGAACGACUUAAUAUGGGUGUUAAUUUACUUCUUUCCGCCGAGAUUGAUCAUUCGAAGAAAGACUACAAAUUUGGGUUUGGCAUGACGGUAGGAGAGUAGAACUGCUCGUAACAUUUACCAGGAGAUGAAUUGCCGCUGCUUUUGCCACCUGGUUACCGGAUUUGCCGGCUUCUCCUUUUUAGGGUUCUUCCGCCUGUUCUAUCUUCCGAGUCUGUUAGAAAGAGGUGGUUCUCUUUUUGUUUCUCCUCUGAGUUGGUUGACGACACAUUUGCCGAGCGGAUCUUUCAGCAGCCACCGCAUAAUGUGACAUCUUGAGACCAUGACAUGAUUCUUUGGUUCAUCAUUGAUGGAACAGGUCAUAUUGCAAUUGUAUCAAGAUGAAUGUCUCAGUUGUCUUUUA